AUGGAGCCCUCAGCUACACUGACAAUUAAUGGUAAUUCAGAUUCAGGAGCUCCAGGACAUGGCGAAUCUUGGGCCUUUAUUUCUGUGCAUGAUGGGAUUAUUGUUGAAGGGCUUAAAAGUAUAGAUCUAAUUGACAACAAAAUUAGAUCUGAAGAGGGAAAG